AUGAACUUGGAUUUACAACGAGAUUUGCAAAAGUGCAAGGAUAAUGAGGAAACACGAUUGGAUUUAAGUUCUUCCGAUAUUGUAAGCAUUCCAUCAUCCAUUCGUGAUUUAGUCCAAUUAACGGAACUAUUUCUGUAUAAGAACAAACUGGCAGUAUUACCGAAUGAAAUUGGUAAUUUAGUUAAUUUAAAAAAAUUGGGUUUAAGCGAAAAUGGUCUCACAUCAUUACCGGAUACACUUGCUGCACUUACCCGUCUUGAAACACUCGAUUUACGUCACAACAAAUUAUGCGAGUUGCCACCUGUUAUCUAUCAGAUUAGUUCAUUGGAAACAUUGUGGUUACGGUACAAUCGAAUUGUUUCAAUUGGUUCCGAGAUUGGUCGUUUAAAACGAUUGAAAAUGAUUGAUUUACGUGAAAAUAAAAUACGCGAAUUACCUCCAACAAUUGGGCAAAUUAAAUCGCUUAUUGUAUGCUUACUUAGUUACAAUCAUUUAAGAACUAUACCUGAAGAGAUUGGUCAAUGUUCAGAACUUACACAACUGGAUUUGCAACACAAUGAUCUCGUAUCGUUACCGGAAGCGAUGGGUAAUUUGCAAAAUUUGAUUCGUUUGGGUAUACGCUAUAACAAAUUACGACAUUUACCAUCCGGAAUGGCAUUUUGUCAUAAGCUGGAAGAGUUCAUAGUUGAAAGCAAUCAAUUGGAAGCUUUACCGGAAGGUAUGCUUGCUUCAUUACCCAAUCUUAAGACAAUUAAUUUGAGUCGUAAUGAAUUGACUGUUUUUCCAUCUGGUGGACCUCAACAAUUUGCAUCAUGUGUGUCGAUCAAUAUGGAACAUAAUGCAAUAGCAAAAAUUCCAUUUGGGAUAUUUUCCAAAGCAACAGGUUUAACCAAACUUAAUUUGAAGGAGAAUGCUCUUACAUCAAUGCCACUUGAUAUGGGUUGUUGGCUAGCGAUGACAGAAUUGAAUUUAUCCACCAAUCAACUUCGUGUACUUCCUGAUGAUGUUGACAAACUUGUUAAUUUAGAAGUAUUAGUAUUGAGUAACAAUAUGCUCAAAAAGCUUCCAUCACAAAUUGGUAGUUUAAAAAAGCUUCGUGAAUUGGAUUUGGAAGAAAAUGAAUUAGAUGCAAUACCUAAUGAAAUUGGUUUUGUGACAAGUUUAACAAAGCUUUGGAUACAAUCAAAUAAAUUAGUUGGUUUACCGCGAACCAUUGGCAAUUUAACCAAUUUGACCGAUUUACGAGCGGGCGAAAAUUGCUUAACAUCACUACCCGAAGAGAUCGGCAAUUUGGACUCAUUGAGAAGUCUUUAUAUCAAUGAUAAUCCAUCGCUUCACAAUUUACCAUUUGAAUUGGCACUGUGUGCAUCACUUGAAAUUAUGUCAAUUGAAAACUGUCCGUUAUCACAGAUACCUCCCGAAAUUACCGCGGGUGGCCCUUCCCUUGUUAUCCAGUACCUCAAGAUGCAAGGCCCGUACAGGGUUAUGAAUAUGUAA